AUGGGGAGACUGCAUACACUGGCCGCCGGCACCGCCUUGCUGGCACUCGGGGUGAAGGCGCAGUUCUCAUACCAGGGCUGCGCUGCCCUCGACACCUCGACCAUCAAGAAGACCACCGAGUUGUAUCCUCAUGGUCCCGCGACGUGUCUCGCAUAUUGCAAUGGCAUAGGCUACUCGUAUGCGGGCUUGCAAGCCCAGUUUUGCUCCUGCUGGGACUUCUCCCCUGUCGUCACCAAGAAGUACGCCGACAGUGAGCAUGCGGACUGCUCGUUCAACUGCGACGACCCGUACAGCAACCAGUACUGCGGCGGCAUCGACCUCAGCUCCCUCGGCUUCCUGUACAGCCUCUACGCGGGUGUUGCGCCUACUGUCAUUCCUGGGCUCACCCCUAGCAGCAGUGUUCCAGGAGAUGUUGCAACAUCCAGCGGUGGUGUGAUCAUAUCUCCUCCGGCGACAUCUAGCUCAGGAGAUGGUGGUGUUACUCCUGCAAGUUCCAGCGGUGCUGGAGGCGUCAUUCCUCCCCAGAGCUCAAGCUCGCUUGGUGGUGGCUUACCAACCCUCCCGAGCACUAGUGCUGGAGAGGUUCUGCCUCCAACUAGCUCUGGGCUUUUGCUUCCUGCGAGUUCAGGCCCGUCUGGAGUCUUGCCUCCAGCGAGCUCAGGGCCAUCUGGAGGAGUUGGUCCUUCGGGUUCAGGAGGAAGUAGCGGAAUUCCUCCUCAGAGCUCUCUGCCAUCUGGAGUCAUUGUGCCCACUCCGACUGGGUCCGGCCCUGCGGGCAGCGGGACGGCCUCGCCCAGCUCCACUGGUGUCGGUGGCGCCCCGAUCCAGACUAUCGUGGUUCUGAGCCGCGGCCAGCCGUUCGUGAUUACCAUCGCCCCCUACCUCAGGGCCCUUGGCGACCAGGCGCUGUCCUACAUCCCGUCGCCGCCGUGGCUCCUGUACAAUGCCAACAUCACAUCAUUCUACGGCACGGUCCCGGUCGACUUCCCCGUUGGACCACUCGUCAUCACCGUGACUGCCGGCCAGCGCACCACGGGGUCCAACAACCUCGGACGCAGGCAGGCCCCGGCAGGAACAUACACCUUCGCCAUCGAGCUGCUCAUCGUGUUACUAAACCCCGUCCCGACGCUGCCCAGCAGCCCAGUGCCGACGCCAUCGCUGCCCGGCGUGCCAGGCAUCCCGCCCAACCCCAGCGCGGUGCUGCCGUCGUACACCAACACGGUCUACCAGACCAUCACGUCGACCAUCACGCGCUGCCCCGUGUGCCCGCCCGAGGUGACAAAGUUCGCGGUGCCGAUCGGCACGACCUGCGUCACGGCCGAGGUGUUCACGACGCCCUGCGAGAUCACUGUGACGAGGACGCGCGCCGACGGCGUCGUCACACCAGUGGUGACCACCACCAACAGCUGGAUCCCGUACAACCCGGCCGAAAGCACCGUCGUCGUCACCACCGUCGACGCCGUCACGACCAAGUACACCACCACCCUGCUCGUCGCCGUCACCAUGACCGUGCAGAAGCUGCAGCCCACGGGCCAGGCGGGCGCCGUCCAGCCUCCUCCCCCGCCGCCUCCUCCUGGCCCUCCUGGCCCUCCUGCUCCUCCUGGCCCUCCUGGCCCUCCUGCUCCUCCUGGGCCUCCUGGUGUCCCUGCUGCUGCGCCCGUUCCCGGCGCGCCGUUCCCUGGCCCGGUUGCGCCGCCGCCGCCCAAGGGGGCGAUCGGCACCGGCGCGGCCAACAACGGCUCCCAGCCUGCGCCCACUAUGCCUGUCACGGCUGGGGCGAGCAUGGACCGGUUCGUGGAGAUGUUCGUCCUGCUGUGCGGUGUUGCCUUUGGGGCGCUCCUCCUGCUGUAG